AUCUCCUCGAUGUAUUAAUACUGGUGCCCUCACCAUUAACAGAUUUUCCGCCUGCAACCAAGUUCAUCGCGUUCUCUUCUUUUUGACCAUGGCGAUCCUUAACCCGGAGGCAGAGUCAGCCGCCAAGGUGGCUACGCUGUCCGAAGCCAAGCAACGUGAGCUUGCCGAGGCCGGCUACAAGCACGUGGAAGGAGCUCCGGCGCCGCUGCCGCUGGAUCUGCCGCAUUUCUCUCUGCGGGAUCUUCGCGCUGCCAUUCCCAAGCACUGCUUCGAGCGCUCCUUCAUUACGUCCACGUACUACAUGAUAAAGAACCUUCUCACGUGUGCUGCUCUCUUCUACGCGGCCACCUACAUCGACCAGACUGGGAGCUUCGCCUACCUGCUCUGGCCUGUGUACUGGUUCUUCCAGGGGAGCUACCUUACUGGCAUCUGGGUUGUGGCGCAUGAGUGCGGCCACCAGGCCUACUGCUCCAGCGAGGUGGUGAACAACAUGAUCGGUCUCGUGCUGCACUCGACGUUGCUUGUGCCGUACCACAGUUGGCGUAUUUCACACCGCAAGCACCACUCCAAUACAGGCAGCUGCGAGAACGACGAGGUGUUCGUACCUGUCACUCGCUCUGUGAUCGCCAGCUCGUGGGACGAGACGCUCGAGGACUCACCACUCUACCAGCUCUACCGCAUCGUGUACAUGCUGGUAGUGGGCUGGAUGCCUGGCUACCUCUUCUUCAACGCGACGGGUCCGAGCAAGUACUUGGGCAAGUCGCGCAGCCACUUCAACCCGUACUCGUCCAUCUACUCAGACCGCGAGCGUUGGAUGAUCGUGCUGAGCGACAUCUUCCUCGUGCUUAUGAUCGGCGCUCUGGUCACACUGGUGUACACCUUCUCGUUCUACACAAUGCUCAAGUUCUACGUCGUGCCCUACUUCAUCGUGAACGCCUACCUUGUGCUCAUCACGUACCUGCAGCACACGGACACCUACAUCCCGCACUUCCGAGACAGCGAGUGGAACUGGCUGCGCGGUGCGCUCUGCACGGUGGACCGCUCGUUCGGCCCGUACCUCGAUUCGGUAGUGCACCGCAUCGUGGACACGCACAUAUGCCACCACAUCUUCUCCAAGAUGCCGUUCUACCACUGCGAGGAAGCCACGAACGCUAUCAAGCCGCUGCUGGGCAAGUUCUACCUCAAGGACGACACGCCCGUGCCGAUCGCUCUGUGGCGAUCUUACAUUCACUGCAAGUUCGUCGAGGACGACGGCAAGAUCGUGUUCUACAAGAACAAGCUCUAAGGUCGUCAGGUGGAGUACCGCAACAGAGCACCGCAUUCGACAGUAGUCCGCUAUAUAUAACGUUAAUCUCAGUGCACUUAUUAACUCCA